GUGUUCUUGUGAUUCUGAUUUUUAUAAAGUUGAAUUUUUGUAAACAUUUUCAAGUAAUAAAUAAAAAAUGCCUAAGAAAAAAACUGGGCAGCGAAAGAAAGCAGAAAAACAGAAACAAAGGCAGAAAGAGAUCCGAAAUGCUAGGGAACACGUAGACAUAGCUCAGCACCCUUGCAACAUGCCGAUGGAAUGUGAUAAAUGUCAAAAAAAACAGAAAAGCCGAGCAUUCUGUUACUUCUGCCAGGCACUGCAACGGUUGCCAGCAUGCGCACACUGUGGCAAGGUUAAGUGUAUGCUGAAGUCUGGAGAUUGUGUGGUGCGCCAUCCUGGAGUAUAUACUACUGGACUUGGCAUGGUGGGAGCAAUUUGUGAUUUUUGCGAGGCGUGGGUGUGCCACGGGCGCAAGUGCCUUACAGCGCAUGCCUGCACAUGCCCGUUGACCGAUGCUGUGUGUCUUGAGUGUGAACGAGGUGUAUGGGAACAUGGUGGGCGUGUUUUCCGCUGCUGUUUCUGCCAAGGCUUUCUGUGUGAAGAUGACCAGUUUGAGCACCAGGCUUCCUGUCAAGUUUUGGAGUCUGAAACAUACAAGUGUCAAUCAUGCAACCGUCUGGGGCAGUACUCGUGCCUGCGCUGCAAGACGUGCUUCUGCGACGAGCACGUGCGGCGCAAGGGCGCGCGCCCAGACCGCCGCGCUGCCCCGCCCUGCACGCGCUGCGGCUUCGCGCUGCUGCUCACCGCAGACCUCAGCAUGUCCAGUGAGUAGCCCCCCUGCCCGCGCUGCGGCUUCGCGCUGCUGCUCACCGCAGACCUCAGCAUGUCCAGUGAGUAGCCCCCCUGCCCGCGCUGCGGCUUCGCGCUGCUGCUCACCGCAGACCUCAGCAUGUCCAGUGAGUAGCCCCCCUGCCCGCGCUGCGGCUUCGCGCUGCUGCUCACCGCAGACCUCAGCAUGUCCAGUGAGUAGCCCCCCUGCCCGCGCUGCGGCUUCGCGCUGCUGCUCACCGCAGACCUCAGCAUGUCCAGUGAGUAGCCCCCCUGCCCGCGCUGCGGCUUCGCGCUGCUGCUCACCGCAGACCUCAGCAUGUCCAGUGAGUAGCCCCCCUGCCCGCGCUGCGGCUUCGCGCUGCUGCUCACCGCAGACCUCAGCAUGUCCAGUGAGUAGCCCCCCUGCCCGCGCUGCGGCUUCGCGCUGCUGCUCACCGCAGACCUCAGCAUGUCCAGUGAGUAGCCCCCCUGCCCGCGCUGCGGCUUCGCGCUGCUGCUCACCGCGGACCUCAGCAUGUCCAGUGAGUAGCCCCCCUGCCCGCGCUGCGGCUUCGCGCUGCUGCUCACCGCAGACCUCAGCAUGUGCAGUGAGUAGCCCCCCUGCCCGCGCUGCGGCUUCGCGCUGCUGCUCACCGCAGACCUCAGCAUGUCCAGUGAGUAGCCCCCCUGCCCGCGCUGCUGCUCACCGCAGACCUCAGCAUGUCCAGUGAGUAGCCCCCCUGCCCGCGCUGCGGCUUCGCGCUGCUGCUCACCGCAGACCUCAGCAUGUCCAGUGAGUAGCCCCCCUGCCCGCGCUGCGGCUUCGCGCUGCUGCUCACCGCAGACCUCAGCAUGUCCAGUGAGUAGCCCCCCUGCCCGCGCUGCGGCUUCGCGCUGCUGCUCACCGCAGACCUCAGCAUGUCCAGUGAGUAGCCCCCCUGCCCGCGCUGCGGCUUCGCGCUGCUGCUCACCGCAGACCUCAGCAUGUCCAGUGAGUAGCCCCCCUGCCCGCGCUGCGGCUUCGCGCUGCUGCUCACCGCAGACCUCAGCAUGUCCAGUGAGUAGCCCCCCUGCCCGCGCUGCGGCUUCGCGCUGCUGCUCACCGCAGACCUCAGCAUGUCCAGUGAGUAGCCCCCCUGCCCGCGCUGCGGCUUCGCGCUGCUGCUCACCGCAGACCUCAGCAUGUGCAGUGAGUAGCCCCCCUGCCCGCGCUGCUGCUCACCGCAGACCUCAGCAUGUCCAGUGAGUAGCCCCCCUGCCCGCGCUGCGGCUUCGCGCUGCUGCUCACCGCAGACCUCAGCAUGUCCAGUGAGUAGCCCCCCUGCCCGCGCUGCUGCUCACCGCAGACCUCAGCAUGUCCAGUGAGUAGCCCCCCUGCCCGCGCUGCUGCUCACCGCAGACCUCAGCAUGUCCAGUGAGUAGCCCCCCCUGCCCGCGCUGCAGCUUCGCGCUGCUGCUCACCGCAGACCUCAGCAUGUCCAGUGAGUAACCCCCCUGCCCGCGCUGCGGCUUCGCGCUGCUGCUCACCGCAGACCUCAGCAUGUCCAGUGAGUAGCCCCCCUGCCCGCGCUGCGGCUUCGCGCUGCUGCUCACCGCGGACCUCAGCAUGUCCAGUGAGUAGCCCCCCUGCCCGCGCUGCGGCUUCGCGCUGCUGCUCACCGCAGACCUCAGCAUGUGCAGUGAGUAGCCCCCCUGCCCGCGCUGCGGCUUCGCGCUGCUGCUCACCGCAGACCUCAGCAUGUCCAGUGAGUAGCCCCCCUGCCCGCGCUGCUGCUCACCGCAGACCUCAGCAUGUCCAGUGAGUAGCCCCCCCUGCCCGCGCUGCAGCUUCGCGCUGCUGCUCACCGCAGACCUCAGCAUGUCCAGUGAGUAGCCCCCUCUGCCCGCGCUGCUGCUCACCGCAGACGUCAGCAUGUCCAGUGAGUAGCCCCUCCCCCUGCUCGCGCUGCGAAGUUUUUGGCAGAUUUAGAUGGCAGUUUGAGUCAGCAGACAGUUGAUAACGACAGUACUUCAAGGCGCCAAAGCGGAAACCUUGUGGUUCACAUCACCGUUGGAGCAUUUGUGCAACGGUGCAUUUCCACUAAAUAGUUCACAUGCGCAGACAUUUUAUACACAAAAUCGCACCACUUUACGUUUACACGUCCACUUCAAAUCAAUAUUUAUAUAGUAAAACAAAAGCAACAAUCCGCCUUCCGGUCUAGUUUACACCAAAACUACUUUGGUUCAUAAUUGAGAAUAGGCCCAGUUGUCUUUGAGGCCACAGGUUCUCCAAAGGUUAAUUGUUUCGACUCCUGAAAACUUUUUUUUUUUAAAUUAAAUUUGCUGUGACAUUUUUCAUCAGUUUCCUAUUAAUCCUCUUAUAAAUUCACACAUUAUAUAGGUAUAUUUUAAAUACAAAUGUUUUUAUUGUUUUUAAGCAAACUUACAGUUAUUCACAAUCAAUUGUUUUGAUACAUUUAUGUACAAAUGAACCAUUAUAAAGUUUUUACAUGUAAAAUAUAACGCUCUUUUUCAUGCAGCAUAACAUAGAUAACAUUUUUAGAACAGAAGUUUAUUUUACUACUCCAAUAACAAGAUAUCUAUAUAUAUUUAUUAUAUUUUAUAUUAUGUUAUAAUGCAUGAAUAAACUCGUUUGUUUCUUUCUUAAUGUUAUAUUUAACAAAGACAUUGGUGUAACUUUCAGCGCGUUCCCAUCGCUACGGGCGGCAGGGCGCCGUGCCAGCCGACGACGAGGACUACGGGGGCGCCUACACCGCCGGCUACACCGGUAGGUUUACUGUAACUGUCGCCACCGACACCAAAUUCAACUCAAACUGAUUGCUGAAAACCUUUACUGAUUUAUUCUUAAAUUUUCACGCUACAUACUCCACAAAAAUAAUUUUCUAUGUGUUAGUUAUGUUAUGGUUGUAGCACGAAGUGGUCGGCUCGACUAGGGAAGGACCAUGUUCUCACAGAAUACCAGCUUAACAUGCAACUUAAUGCUGCUGUAUUUCGUAUGGUGAAUGUGGAGAAUCAGAGAUCCUUUUUAGUGGAAAUGAGGCAUUCUAUCUUAGUAGUCAGGGGUGGCAACGCAUCUACAUUUUGAUUCUUAAUCGGGGAUACGUGAAGAUGUCUAUAAGCCACAGCAUCCACUUACCAUCAUAUGAAUUUUAUGCUCAUGUGUCAUCCUUAUUCUAUAAAAUACAAUAAAAAUUCGUAAUCGGUGCCUCUCACUAUAAUUGAUUGUGAUUGGUAGGAUACGAUGCCAGCGCUGAGGGCGGAGACUACUCGUGUUCCGGCUCCGAGUCGGAUGACGAUGAUGAUGACGACGACGAGGAAGAUUCCGAGGAAGAGGAUUCUGAUGAGAACGAGCAAAGUGAAGACGCAGCAGCUGCGUCUAGUGGCAAGGCCGCAACUUCGUCUUAGCUCCAACAAUUUUAAUGCAUUUGUAUACAAACUGUAUAUUUCAUGAUAAUAAAUCUUAGUUAUUAUUGU